GUAAUUUUGUGAAGAAAAAUCACAGUUGACGGCGGGCACGCACACGCGCGCCCGCGCCCACAGCCACGCUUCGCUCCACGCCACCGUGGUCGUACGUUGCGCCACGUGUUGGCACAUCGAGGAUCGUCUCCAUGGUACGUAGUGCCCAUUCCGCUGUCACUGAGUGGAGAGUCUUCAGGGACCCGCUAGGCGGUUACACGUGUCGUGCGAGACGGAACGGGAUGCGGUCGUUGGGUGUUGGGUUGGAGCAGCGGAUCCUUUUCUUGGAUUUGCCGACCCUUAACCUUUCUUGUGGAGCGGUGGCGGAGAGACGCAAGCAACGGAAGGAUCGGGCGGCGUUGGGUUGUCCACGUCAACAGUCGGACAGAUGGAAGCCGUUGAUCUGUAUGUUAAAAAGGUCCUCCGUUCGCGUCGCUUUGGUUUGUUGCGUUUUGCUUGCGUUGCCGAGUUCAAAAGUCUCUGUUUUUUUCCUCUCCCGGUAGACUAGUUCGGCUUCGGUCGCCGGUGGAGCUCCGUUGCCGUCUUGCGGAAGCGGUAUUGAUUGGCGGCGGCGGCGGCAUCGGGCUGGUGGAGCGGCGAUGAUGAUGAGGCGGGUGGCGGCGUCGUUGGUGCCGCCGUGGCUGGAGACCCUGCUCUCCACGAAUUUCUUCUCCGCUUGCGCUCUACACACGGAGGCGCCCCGCAGCGAGUGCAACAUGUUCUGCCUUGACUGCGGCGGUGCCGCUUCCUCCUUCUGCUUCUAUUGCCGCUCGGAUAGCCACUCUGGUCACCGCGUCAUUCAGAUACGGCGGUCGUCGUACCACGACGUGGUACGGGUCGCAGAGAUCCAGAAGGUAUUGGACAUCAGCGGCGUCCAGACCUACGUCAUCAACAGCGCGAGGGUGCUGUUUCUUAAUAAGCGGCCGCAGCCACACGGCGGCGGGGGGCGGGUCGGCGGCGCAUCCUCCUCCUCCUCUUCCCCUCACAUAUGCGAGAUCUGCGCCCGCUCCCUCCUCGACCUUUUCCGCUUCUGCUCCCUCGGUUGCAAGUUGGUGGGCAUAAAGCGGAACGGAGACGCAACCUUCUUGCUCACUCCCGGCGACGACGAGGCGGCCGAAGGCGGCGGCGGGGCCGGAGGCGGGGAGUCAUCAACGACGGCGGCGGCGGACGAGAGCAAGGCCGGGCGGAGAGGGAGGUGGGUGGGCGGAUCGCGAGAAGGAGCAGGGCACGACAUCCGCGGCCCUGCGCCCCCUCCGCCGCCGCCGGCCGCCUCGAGGAGGCGGAAGGGCAUCCCGCACCGCGCCCCUUUUGCCUCCUGAUUAACCCGCUUCCUCUUGUAAAGUACAGAAAGGUAACAUUUUUAUCAUUAAAACACAUAAAAAAACGAGUUUUUUUUUUUAAAAAACUUAGAUUUCGAUGUUUCCAAGCCAAGAAUAAUACUGCGCACCAAGAACUACAAAAGAGAAGAGAAGUAGAUGAAGUAGAGUUUAAGCUGGGUUUAAAUUUGAUUCCAUU